AUGUUCAACGAGGGACAGGUGUCGCUGGGGAAGAAGUUCCUCCUCCUCUACGCCUUCUUCUUCGUCAGGAAGGUGGUGGCGCAUCUCGUCACCUUCCCCUUCUACUGCGUCGUCAUCUCGGCCUGCGUGCUGGUGCAGGGAGACGUGCGCCUGCCCAAGUACGUGGCCAUGUACGUGCCGGCGCUCAUCACGCUGCUCAACGCCGCCUGCACGCCCAGGUCCUGCCACCUGCUCAUCUUCUGGAUCCUCUUCGAGAACGUCAUGUCCAUGCACCGCUCCAAGGCCGCCGUCAUCGGCCUGCUGGAGGCCAGCCGCGCCAACGAGUGGGUGGUCACCGACAAGCUCGGCAGUAGCAAGGCAGCUGCAGCUGUAGUCGCGAAGAAGAAGAAACAGCAGCUAGUCCGGAGCAGGUGCUGCAGCACGAGACGGGAGAUGCAUGUGCUGGAGCUCGCGAUGGGGGCGUGCUUGCUCUAUUGUGUUGUCUACGACAUUGUCUUCUUCGGCCGCGACCACUACUACAUGUACCUGCUCCUGCAAUCAGCGACGGCCUUUAUCGUCGGCUUCGGCUACGUUGGCACCUCGGCACCCUCCUGACUCUCAUGAGAGUCACCAACACAGCCAGACGACCGUCGGUGCCUGUGAUCCAAAUUAAAGUCAUAAUAUUUCAUUAAAUUAUUCGUAGCCUUAAUUGUAUCGAUCGCGUGGGCAAUAGUCAUGAUAAAUUAGGUUUUUUUAUAGUACUACAUUAAAGGGAAAAAACAGAUUCAACAAAAACAAAACAAAAAAAGGCUUCCUAGAGCCAAGAUGGACCUCAGUACA